UUGAUCUUACGUCCCUUAAGCAUUUGAAAACGCAGGAAAGAGAAGAAGUAACCUGACAUAAAGAGGUGAAGGAGGUUAGGUUUGAUAGAAUUGAUCGGAAAGAUAAUAGAUCUGAUAGUUUGUGCGGUUUAUGAAGGGUGAGCAAUGGUGAAAGGCGUAGUUGGAGAAGAAACGCGACUCAACUCCAUUGAGGAUCGACUCAGCCAAGCCGCGCUUCCAGCUGAGGUGGGCCUUCUAAUCGGCAAAUUCAGUUCCUCUUCGGAGCGUGCCUUCAUCUUCGACCUCAUUCCCACUCCACCCAACGACUCGGCCCAACCUCCUUCUUCCAUCACCCAGCCCGAUACCAGAAAGGCCCCCAAAUCCAAAUCUCAGCCCAUCGAUUCCUCUUCUCUCUUCAUCGACAAGGGUUGGGUCGCCGAACAUGCUCGCCAAGUCUCUAGAAUGCUCCUCGGCGGCGUCAAGGUCGUUGGCCUAUACGUUUGGGUUAACGACACUGCGUUUAAGAAUUCAACCAUUAUGCUUUGCCAGACCGUGAGGGAAGUUGCUGAAGCAGCGCCAGUUUCGAAUGUUGACUGGGAUGAAAGAUUGCUUCUACACAUUUGUUAUAGUCCAAGGAGGUGGAAUUGUCGAAGCUGCUCCCUGUCUUCAAAUAUUACAACUAGUAGUCUACGGCCUUGUGAUUUUAAAAUGGGAAAGGUUUUGAGUUCCCUUCAAACGUUUAAGUGCAUGUACAACUUUAACCUGAGGUUACCCGUAUUGCAUGACAGUGUGUCCAAGUUCCAGACGUUGAGUGAUAUUCUUCGUCAUGCUAUAUCUGUUCAUGCCAAAGAGCUUACAGGGGCAAAGGCUUUGAUUGAUGGUAAAUUGGUUGUUGAGAGUGAACCAUGCUCAUCAGAAGGUCUGCACGAAGUUGAAUUGCUUCUCCCAUUUCUGAAUAAUAGUUUUGUUGAAGCAUGCAGCCAAAGAGAUGUUGUUGGUAUUCUUUCAUUUAGUGGAUCGAUAUGUUCUUUUGCAUAUCUGAAUUCAAAAGAGCCAAUUUCACAAGCUGUCGCUGAUAUAAAGGGGGAUAUUAUUGCAAGUCUGCAAAGUAGAUUGGAUAUAAUCUGUGAUGAGGCAGAUGGUGAUUCAGGUAACAAUCAUGAUGUUGGAAGCCAAGUAAGUGAUGAGUCUGAAAAGCCCGUUCCCCAACUAGUGCUGCAAUUGUUAAGAAAAGGAUGUAGUCUUCCAUUUCCUAGAAGAGUCUUUACUCCGUGGUUAGCAGGGGUGUAUGUGUGUGAUUACUUGCAGCCUUCUGAAACUGUUGAGGUUUUAAAAGAUCAUUGUAUGGAGUUAUUAUCCAUGAAAGCUCCAACUGAUGUCUCUACAAUUCUGGAGCCUGAAAAAGAACUGCUAUCUUUCAAAACUAAAUCUUUCUGGGAUGUGGCGGUGCCCUCAUAUUCAGAAAUUCACCUCGUGGAAGAUAAGAGCAAACUUAAUGGCGAAGGUAAGAGUUCAAGUAGUAAAGCUGUGAAGCCGGCUCACAUUAAUGUUGUAGCUGCUGGUCUCAUCCUUCUAUUAUCUGUGUUAGUUGGUUUUGUGUUAUUCUUCCUGAAAGGUUAAGGGUGAUAUUAAAAAUUUUCUCUCAAUGGAAUACACAUUCUUAUAGUUUACAAAGCUGCAUGCGUAGUUGGCAACUAUUUUACUUUGAAAUGAUACAACGGCAGAUAUGGAAACAAUAUUGAGCAAGGUCCAAUGCCUUAUAGCUUUUUGAUCAUCUUCACCUGGAAUCAACCCAAAAUAUAUUGGUUUUUGUGGAUUUAAGAAAAUUAA